AUGAAGGCUCUUCCUUCAUCUGCAUCACCUUCUCUUCUCUUCUGUUGUGGUGUCGUUCACAAAUUAAGUGUGGUGCUCGUGUCAUCACCCUCAAGUCUAAGAUCACUGUUUGAGUUUGUAUUCUCAGGAGCUAAUUCCUUUGAGGAUUGGAGUUUAGAACAUGUUUCUCUCGACAAUAAUGGUGUCAUUAUAAGCAUUGCAAUCAGUGUUACGAGAGACCAUCACUACCAAUCUUAUAUGGCGAAUGGGGAUCCUCGCUGGUUGGAAUCUACUAUCCGAGCAGAGGCUGCCAAUGGAGUAUCCAUGUCAGGCUGA